UCAUUGUCAAAUGUCAAAACAACAAACCAAACAACCAUGGCGGCUGUUGUUUCAGAUUCAGAAAUUACAAAAAGUGAUAAAUAUUCAAUACUUUUACCCACAUACAACGAACGAGAGAACUUGCCGAUCAUAAUAUGGCUCUUAAUUAAAUAUUUAGAUAACAGUGGGUACGAUUACGAAGUCAUCAUUAUUGACGAUGGGAGUCCCGAUGGAACUUUGGACGUUGCAAAACAAUUGCAGAAAUUGUAUGGGUCCUCCAAAAUUAUAUUACGACCAAGGGAGAAGAAACUAGGAUUAGGGACAGCUUACAUACAUGGCAUAAAACAUGCUACCGGAAACUUCAUCAUCAUUAUGGACGCUGAUUUAAGCCAUCACCCCAAAUUCAUUCCCAAAUUUAUUGAACUGCAAAGGAAACAUGACUAUGACCUGGUGUCGGGCACGAGGUACCAAGAUGGCGGAGGCGUCUACGGCUGGGACUUCAAGAGGAAACUGAUAUCGCGCGGUGCUAACUUCCUUACACAGCUGCUUCUGAGGCCGGGCGCUUCAGACCUUACCGGAUCCUUUAGAUUGUACAAAAAGGAUGUCUUGCAGAAAUUGGUUGACAGCUGCGUUUCCAAAGGCUAUGUGUUUCAAAUGGAAAUGAUCAUUAGGGCGCGUCAAUUGGACUAUACUAUCGGAGAAGUGCCAAUAACAUUUGUUGACCGCGUCUACGGCGAGUCCAAACUGGGCGGCUCAGAAAUAUUCCAGUUCGCAAAGGCUCUGCUUUACCUCUUCGCAACUACGUAGUUUUUAUACAUUCCUGUUGUAUUUUUUUAUGAAUAAAGUGUUAUCUAUACUAAUAUUAUAAAGCUGAAGUUUGUUUGUUU